AUGGCAGCUCCUAGAAAGGAUGAAGAGGCUGCGAGCCACAUUGAACCCGAAAAGAGGCCGUCACCUUCGACGGCGUCCUCCUCCGACGAAGGCAAGGAACAUCACGAAAGAACGGACGAUGGCCCACCACGACAGGCCAGUGUGGCUGCUCUGCUCAAGAACCCGCUCCUUGGCAUGAGCGAGGAGGAUGUGCUUCGAGAUGCAGACGAUUUCGUUGAGUCUCGUGGCCUCCAGGACGACCGAGAUGCCUUUCGCAAAGGCGCGCUUCUAGCUCGCGUCAUUCAGCGAGACACGGGCUUCGAAAUGAUCGAUCAGCUGUCGGAAGAGGAGAAGUCCUGGCUACGAGAUGAGAUCGCUCAUCGCUGGCGCCAACCGUUUAUGCUCUACUUCUUAGUCGUGCUUUGCGCGGGUUCAGCUAUCGUACAAGGCAUGGACCAAACAGCCGUCAACGGUGCUCAGCAAUUCUACUUCCGCACAUUCAAUAUUGGCGAGGAGCAAGUCUGGCUUCGUGGACUCCUCAACGGCGCGCCAUAUCUGUGUUCGGCGUUGCUCGGCUGCUGGACAAACGCUCCACUCAACAAGUUCUUUGGACGUCGAGGAACAAUUUGGAUAUCCUGCUUCAUCUCCUUCGUUGCAGGCAUCUGGAUGGCAGCGGCCGACUCAUGGUACAAUCUCCUCAUCGCGCGCUUCGCUCUUGGUUUUGCCGUUGGUGCCAAGUCAAGCACCACACCAGUCUAUGCGGCCGAGUCCGCGCCAAAGACCAUUCGAGGCGCAUUGACAAUGAUGUGGCAGAUGUGGACAGCGUUCGGCAUCAUGCUUGGUUUCGUCGUCAGUGUCGCUUUCCAGCCCCUGGACUUUUUGGGUGAAGAUACACAAUGGCGAUGGAUGAUGGCUUCGACCUCCAUUCCUCCACUCAUCGUCAUGUUCAUGGUUUACAUCUGUCCAGAAUCUCCUCGCUGGUACAUGGAGAAGGGUAAAUUCGACAAAGCAUUCCACUCCAUGUCUCGCCUGCGAUCCCAUAAGAUCCAAGCAGCGAGGGACAUGUACUACGCCUCCAAACUCCUCGAAGUCGAAGCCGCCCAGAGAGAAGGCAAAAGCUUAUGGAAAGAAUUCUUCACGGUCAAGCGAAACCGUCGUGCAGCGCAAUCCUCCUUCUUCGUCAUGUUCAUGCAGCAGUUCUGCGGCGUAAACGUCAUCGCAUACUACAGCACGCAGAUAUUUCUCGACGCAGGCUUCAACGAAACAAACGCCCUCCUCGUCUCCUUCGGCACAGGCGUCACAAACUGGCUCUUCGCAAUCCCCGCAAUCUACACAAUCGACACCUUCGGUCGUCGAAACCUCCUGCUCGUCACCUUCCCACUCAUGGCCAUCUGUCUCUUCUGGUGCGGUUUCUCCUUCCUCAUCCCAGACACAAUAGGACCCGAAGGCCCCGAACCCACUGACGCGAAACUCGGAUCCAUCGCCGCAAGCAUCUACCUCUUCAUGGUCGUCUAUUCCCCAGGAGAAGGCCCCGUGCCGUUUACAUAUUCCGCCGAAGCUUUCCCCUUGUACAUUCGAGACAUCGGAAUGAGUUUCGCCACAGCCACAACAUGGGGGUUCAACUUCAUCCUCUCCCUAACCUGGCCCGCCCUCGUCCAAGCCUUCACCCCAACGGGCGCUUUCGGGUGGUACGCAGCCUGGAACCUCUUCGGCUGGAUUUUCUGCUACUUCCUCCUGCCCGAAACCAAAAAUCUGACCCUCGAGGAAUUGGAUAAUGUGUUUAGUGUGGGAAAUCGCGAACAUGCGAAAUAUUAUACCGAGAAAUUGCCGUGGUAUUUUAAUCGACAUGUUUUGAGAAGGGAUGUCAAGGUUUUUGAUCCGCUUUAUCAGUUUGCUGAUCCUUAUGCCGAGAGGGAGAGGAGGGGGAGUUUGAGUGGCAAGAGGAAGGGGAGUGUGGGUGCGGAGGAUAAGGGGAAUACGGGUGUUGGUGGGACGGUUGGGUAG